AUCAGCUUUGCUCUCCGAUGGCUGAACAACAACAAACUGCCGAAGAGAAACUUUCCUGAACUUCCUCCGAGACCAAGAGCGCGGAUCCCACCCUGCUACUUUAGUCGUUUACACCAGUUUGCUUUGUGUUCACCAAUGUUUCAGUGCUGAUGGAGCCCAGAUAUGACAUCCCGCGGAGGGCCGGCGGCGGCGGGGGCUCUGCCAACUCGUCCCCCGCCAUGGGAGCGCAGUCGCGCCGCAGGAAGAUGCCGCCCAGACCCGCUGAUUUUAAACUCCAGAUUAUCAUUAUCGGCUCCCGCGGUGUUGGUAAAACCAGCCUGAUGGAGCGAUACACCGACGACACUUUCUGUGAGGCUUGCAAAUCGACCGUAGGAGUGGACUUCAAAAUAAAAACAGUAGAGCUGAGGGGGAAGAAGAUUCGGCUUCAGAUAUGGGACACGGCGGGUCAGGAGAGGUUCAACAGCAUCACCUCGGCCUACUACCGCGGCGCCAAGGGCAUCGUGCUGGUGUACGACAUCACCAAGCAGGAGACGUUCGAAGACCUGCCCAAGUGGAUGAAAAUGAUCGACAAGUAUGCGUCGGAGGAGGCGGAGCUCCUGCUGGUGGGCAACAAGCUGGACUGUGAGACGGACCGCAUCAUCUCUCGGCAGCAGGGGGAGCGGUUUGCCUCGCGGAUAAGCGGCAUGCGCUUCUGCGAAGCAAGCGCCAAGGACAACUUUAACGUGGAUGAGAUUUUCCUCAAACUCGUGGACGACAUCAUCGCCAAGAUGCCCAUGGAAAUUCCCAACAAGGAACUCUCCAACAGUGUCCUGUCCCUACAACCGGAGCCCGAAGUGCCUCCGGAGUUGCCCCCUGCGCGCAUGCGCUGUUGCUGAGGUCCAAACACAUACAACGCACACGUGCAGCGCAGCGACCUGAGCAGCAGGUGGCAGCAGACAGCAGCAGCAGGUUUUCCAAAGCUGCUGCUGCGGCUCUCCUCUCCCUCUUCCGUAACUGUACCGCACUAACACUUCCCCUCUGCCCCACCUACCUCACCCCUCGGCGAGCUGUGACCCACAGGUGCCUUCGAGGUAGAGCGCCCCCUGGUUGCUGUUGCAGGGCGAUCACACGGGGCUCCUUCUGUUAAAGCAGCGCACAUUCUCAACUUCCCUUCAUCAUUACAGAGGGACGCAACUGUUUGGAUUAUAAUCCAGGUGCGCUUUAAAAUUAGGUCAAAGCACAGAGACUCAAAAAAAGCACAUUGUUAUCUUUUUAAAACAGAAUGAUGUACAUAAAAGCAGCAGGUUUGGGAGUGACGUCUCCUGGUUGAUCUCUGUCUUUAGUUGCCUUUAGUUGACACACUUGUUUUGCACUAUCAAUCAGCCAUAACAUUAUGACCACCUAAUCUUGCCGUAAAAAGGCAGGUGGUCGUAAUGUUUUGGUGAGUCCUAAGUCAAUCUGUGUGAACGAGGGAAGUCGUUUAGUGUUCAAAUAAGUGCCCCGGUUUACCGAAGCUUCUGUAAGAUGGCCAUCAGAAACCUGUUUUCCUCCAGUGUUCGGAAGUGUCUCUUGUAUUGGAAAAACCUCUUGGAGUGUACAAUACUUCUCAUUUGUAAAAAGAACUCAGGAGAUUAGAAUUUUGCUGUUGAUGCUUUUCAUAACUGACUCGCGCCGCUGCUGUUUUCGUGAAGGUCUUCGGGGGGGGUUCAAGUUAGUCUUCGGCUAGAACAGCAGUUUUAAGCGACGAUGCAUGUGCCGAUGAGGAUGCCGGCUCUCUACUGAAGUCUGACUUUUAUCUCUGUUUCGUUCGUCGCGCUUGAAUUUUAACAUCUUCCACACUAACUAGCUUUUUACCACUCAACUUCCUCAGUGUUACCUUGUUCAAAGUGCUUUUAUUUCAGUUGUUCCGGUCCUUUUAAGAUGGAAGACAUCGAACCUGUCGCAGGCCUCGAGAGUCCUGGCGUGUUUUUAAUUGGACUUGUGGUAUUUAUAACUUGUGGCAUUCUUGAACUAAUGAAAUGCGAUUAAAGAUAUCUAUAUU